GAAUUUGGCGCAAUAUUCCCGCCUUAGGGGUGGGGUCUUAUUUGAUUGCCAAGUAAUAUUCCCCAAUGGAGUCCUAGCUCAUGGUGACGGGCAGGCUGCUAGACUAAUGAAUCCUCGGCGUGCCCGGCGCAGUUCUCCAAUCGCCGGCUGGCGGGCCCCAGUCUGAGCGGCGAUGGCGGCGGCGGCGGCGGCGGCAGCAGCAGCGGGGGCUGCGGGCGGUCGGGGCUCCGGGCCGGGGCGGCGGCGCCAUCUUGUGCCCGGGGCCGGUGGGGAGGCCGGGGAGGGGGCCCCGGGGGGCGCAGGGGACUACGGGAACGGCCUGGAGUCUGAGGAACUGGAGCCUGAGGAGCUGCUGCUGGAGCCCGAGCCGGAGCCCGAGCCCGAAGAGGAGCCGCCCCGGCCCCGCGCCCCCCCGGGAGCUCCGGGCCCUGGGCCUGGCUCGGGAGCCCCCGGCAGCCAAGAGGAGGAGGAGGAGCCGGGACUGGUCGAGGGUGACCCGGGGGACGGCGCCAUUGAGGACCCGGAGCUGGAAGCAAUCAAAGCUCGAGUCAGGGAGAUGGAGGAAGAAGCUGAGAAGCUAAAAGAGCUACAGAACGAGGUAGAGAAACAGAUGAAUAUGAGUCCACCUCCAGGCAAUGCUGGCCCAGUGAUCAUGUCCAUUGAAGAGAAGAUGGAGGCCGAUGCCCGUUCCAUCUAUGUUGGCAAUGUGGACUAUGGUGCAACAGCAGAAGAGCUGGAAGCACACUUUCAUGGCUGUGGUUCAGUAAACCGUGUUACCAUACUCUGUGACAAAUUCAGUGGCCAUCCUAAAGGGUUUGCAUAUAUAGAGUUCUCAGACAAAGAGUCAGUGAGGACUUCCUUGGCCUUAGAUGAGUCCCUAUUUAGAGGAAGACAAAUCAAGGUGAUCCCAAAACGAACCAACAGACCAGGCAUCAGCACAACAGACCGGGGUUUCCCACGAGCCCGAUACCGUGCCCGGACCACCAACUACAACAGUUCCCGCUCUCGAUUCUACAGUGGUUUUAACAGCAGGCCCCGGGGUCGCGUCUACAGGGGCCGGGCUAGAGCGACAUCAUGGUAUUCCCCUUACUAAAAAAAGUGUGUAUUAGGAGGAGAGAGAGGAAAAAAGGAAAGAAGGAAAAAAAAAAAAAGAAUUAAAAAAAAAAAAAGAAAAACAGAAGAUGACCUUGAUGGAAAAAAAAA